GGUACCCAACCCGAUUAUAAACUCGCAAGAAAGUGGAAUAAUGAACGGGCAAACAAGCAGAUCCAUUUUCACCAGCCGACAUUCACAAGCGGUGGGACUAACAACGUUAAUAUAAGUGGGAUUACCAACGGUGGAACUUUCGUUGCAAAGAGGGAUCAUGAAGAGAGGAUCAAGAUCAAAAACAUGCCAAACGGACAAAAAUGGCGCUUCAAUUUUGUGACUACAUUCCCCUUUCUCGUUCCUCUUCGAAUAAUUCACACUUUCCCUUCACAUGACUCUUUACAAGUUCAAUCUGGCAGUCUUGAAGACGACAGUGAUUGUUUUGAUGGUUUAUCUGUGAAUGAAAAUUCAUCAGUCGAGGUUCAGCACCUUAUCUCAAAAAUGGCAAAUGUGAACCAUCGUCUUUUUGAAUACAGUAUUGUUAACCUCUCCGAAAAAAAUCUCGUAGACCCAGUAAAUAAUGUCUUUUCAGAUGACGAUAAAAAAAGAAUGAGGAAAUUCUGGGAAGAUAUGGAACCAUCAACUGAAGAAAAGUUGAAUACAGUGCGAAAAUCAAAAUGGGAAAAGAGCAUUAAGCCACUAGUUGACAAGUAUGCAUCUGCCAUUGAAAUUAAGUCCGUUUUUGAUGACGAAAUUCAGACACUAUCAACAGAAGUUAUUUUUGAGAAGCCGUUCGAGGGAAAGUUUGACUUUAGAACACAUUAUGAUCUAUUAUGGGUACAGGACAUUUAUCGACGAUUUGUGUUCUUGUUCGCCUCAUGUUCCAAUAUACUUCGUGAUGUGACUAUGUCAGAGAUAGCCUACAGAGAAUCAUUUGUUAAUCCCAUAAUUCCCAAGGCAUUCGACGAUAUUAAAGACAAGAUUAGGUUUCAAACUGGAGAGAUAGAGAGCACAUUGCGUAAAGAACAUCGAAAUCAGACAAAUGACCAAAAACCUCGGAUAUUGCUUGGUUCAAAUUAUGACGGGAUUCUAAGAAUUUACGUGAACGCAAAUGAAAUAGAGAUUGGAUUUUUAGAAGUUGUAGGGAAUGCGUCGGUUGUGGAUCUUAAAAAAUAUCGCGAAGAUAGGGAGAAAUUAUUAAAGGGUCUGCAAUUACCAAAGAUUUGUGUUUUGAAAUCUAAGCAAUGA